AUGGAAAUCGCUGCCAAGAUGGACCUAAGUGUGGAGCAAGCGCAGUUUGUGGCCCCUGCGUGCUUUUUUUCCAGCGCAUCCCAGACUCUUGCACUGAGCCCAAGCGAAGGUCAGUGCGCAUCCAGCAAGUCAGCGUCCAAGCAAACCAAGAGGCAGCGCUCGUCCUCGCCGGAGCUUCUGAGAUGCAAACGGCGCUUAAGUUUUGCCGGAUUCGGCUACAGUCUACCGCAACAGCAGCCGCACGCGGUGGCGAGGCGCAACGAGCGCGAGCGCAACCGGGUCAAGCUGGUUAACAACGGGUUCGCUACGCUGCGUGAGCACGUACCCAACGGAGCCGCCAACAAGAAGAUGAGCAAAGUGGAGACCCUCCGAUCAGCUGUCGAGUACAUCAGGGCACUACAACAGCUGUUGGAUGAACACGACGCCGUGAGUGCAGCCUUCCAGUCCGGCGUGAUCUCUCCCAAUGUCCCGCACACCUACUCCAACGAUAUGAACUCUAUGGCCGGCUCGCCAGUCUCCUCUUACUCCUCAGAUGAAGGCUCAUACGAUUCGUUAAGUCCAGAAGAACAGGAGCUCUUAGACUUCACAAACUGGUUCUGA